ACUUUACAACGGCACAAAAAAUCUGAACCAAAACAAACACCCUUCCUCAUCUCCAACUUGUAUUUAUCUGAUAUAUUGGUGUUAAAACUUAAUUGUACUUAAAACACGAGCAAAGUGAACACUUGGGAGUAUUUUCUGUGGCCGCUAGUGUAGUAAUUAAGGAAGGAUACUAAGGAAUAGGGAGAACAAUGAGUGAUGGAGGAGGAACUGCCGGCCACUCACUCGCAGAGGCUGGUGAUGGCAUGCAAGACAGAAGCCAGUGGUCCAAGGAAAAGUUACUUGAGGAACUCCAGAAGAAGGAAGAGGAAAAUCAGAAUCUGAAAUUACAGCUACAGCAACACCAGAAUGCCAUUGGAUCAUACUCACCUGUCAUUAGCAGUGACAUCCUGAACCACCAGCUCCAGGCCAUUGGGGAAAGGCCUCUCACCUGUGCCCAGGUCGCCAGGUAUUCACGGCAACUCAUUCUACCAGAGUUUGGUCCCAGAGGACAGAGAAUGCUGUCAGCAGCAUCUGUUCUCAUUGUUGGGUGUGGAGGCCUGGGGUGUCCAGCAGCGGUAUACUUAGCUGCUGCUGGGGUUGGACGACUUGGGCUGGUUGAUUACGACUUAGUGGAGCUGAAUAACCUCCACAGACAAGUCCUGCACACAGAGGAGAGAGUUGGCACAUCAAAGGCACUCUCCAUAGCUCAAUCCAUCAAGGCACUGAACAGCGAAGUAGAAGUAGUUCCAUAUGAAAUUUCCUUCACAAGCAGCGUGGCCCUAGAAGUUGUCAAGCAGUAUGAAGUAGUAUUGGACUGCACAGACAACGUGGCCACCCGGUACCUGUUGAAUGAUGCCUGUGUAUUGGCAGACAAACCCCUUGUCUCUGGCUCUGCCCUGAGGUUUGAAGGGCAGCUGACUGUCUACCACCAUCAGGGAGGACCUUGUUUCCGCUGCAUCCACCCAAAGCCUCCACCUCCUGAAACUGUGACAAACUGUUCUGACGGAGGGGUGCUGGGGGCGGUGCCUGGUGUCAUAGGCUGCAUGCAGGCACUAGAAGCCAUCAAAAUAAUAACUAAUGUAGGAACUCCUUUGUCACAGAAACUGCUCUUGUUCGAUGGUCUUCGGGGAACGUUCCUCACUGUCAAACUGCGAGGCAUGAAAAGCACUUGUGAGAUUUGUGGGGAAGAACCGUCCAUAAAGCAGCUAAUUGAUUAUGAACAGUUUUGUGGAGCUGCAGCAACAGACAAGGACAAGGGGGUGACGCUGCUGGAGAGGAAUGAAAGAGUAACAGUCGAGGAGUACAGAACCUUAAUGAAGGCAAACAAACCACAUGUACUAAUAGAUGUAAGACUGCCUGUUGAGUUAGAAAUAUGUUCCCUACCCAACUGCAUUAACAUUCCUUUGAAAGACAUAGACAAGGCAGAAAGUAUAAGUCUCAUCCAAAAGAAACUCUCAGAUUUAGGAUCAAAGAGUGUGGUCUGUGUUUGUCGAAGGGGAAAUGACUCUCAAUUAGCCGUGAGGCAGCUGGAGGCAUCCUUGUCCCAGCCAGACUACCAAGUCAAGGACAUUAUUGGAGGGUUGACAGCUUGGGCUCAUAAGAUAGACAACUCUAUGCCUGUAUAUUGAUUUUCUCAGUAAGGCAACAGUGUGGUAAUGUGCUUAUAACAUGGCUUUCAUGACUAUAAUUGCUUUAUGGAAAGAUGAUAUUAUAUGAUAACUUAUUAAAUAAAUGACUGCUGCACUUGCCAAGUACUUUAGUUUAUGUAUGACACUGAUCCUAUUGAUUAAUUCUUCCAUCCGUUCAUCUGUGUACUGUACGAGUCACUCUCUAGGAACUUUCCCCAACGGGACAGUAAUGGUAGGGUUUCACAGAGCAGCAGCUGACUGACUUAGAGGAUUUGCCAUUUAAAACAAAAUUACUUCACACACUAUCAGAAUUUAACAUAUCAGUUAUAUAACUCUUCUAUAUCAAUUAUAUAACUCUUCUAAAGUCCAAGUUUGUAAUGAAUAGUAUAAUUUCUAUGAGUAACUAUUUUUGACAUUCCUCAGGUUUAGGACUUGAAAUAUACAUUUCUCUUUUAAUUCCACUAUUCCUCUUGCCAAGAUCCUCACUUUUAGCAGUGAAUAGGCUGGAAAUUAGAUUUGGGAAUCUAUCACUGGAGAAUGAGUAGGACCACUAAAAUAUUAAUAUAAAGAUUUUUGCACCAUGUACUCGUAUUAUCCAAGGUAGGCUGUGAUCAAUAUUAAUAUGACCUGAACACAUAUUUCAUUAAACAUUUACAGAUGUA